UGUCAGAAAAAAACCAACAUGGCGGCUACGGGAGCCGGGUCUCCUGGCCGGCUGGUCCAGUACGUGGUUGUCCGGUCGGAUCUGGUCCACAAGCUGUCCUGGCCCCUGGGAGCCGUGAUCACUCAGGCCUGUCAUGCCGCUACCGCCGCCGUCCACCUCCACUACGGGGACCCGGACACGCAGCGGUACCUCUCCGAGCUGGACUCCAUGCACAAGGUGGUGCUGGGGGCUCCGGACGAGGCCGCCCUCUCCGGUCUGUCAGAGAGUCUCACACAGGCUGGUGUGGCCCACAAGCUGUGGAUCGAACAACCAGAGAACAUCCCCACCUGCUUGGCUCUGAAGCCGUGUCCAAAAGAGGCGGUCCAGCCGCUGCUGCGCAAGUUCAAACUCUUCAAAUGAAUGCCUUGAAAGACAUUGGACAGCUAUGAAUUACCGUGCACGUCAGUGUUUAAUUUCAUCUUUUUUUUUUAAAAAUGGAGAACAUCUGAAAGUUGUUCUCUUCAUCUCAGCGAAUAUAAACACCUGUAAUGUCCAAGAUUAAAGUCGGAAAAUAUGAAGUUCUUUUCUGGAUUACUUUGUUCAGGUGGAAGGAAAAAGGCUAUUAAUGUAGUCAAAGUUGUGUAAAAACAACAGAGUAAACGUAUCAAGAAUGUUAAAAAAAGAAAUAAAGCAGGACCAUCUGUUAUGGAUGCAUUUGACUUGUAGCCACAAUUGCAGUUCUCGAGUGUUCUAGAUAAGUCUGUAAGGGGAAUCUGCAACUGCUUCAGAUUUUCAGCACACUUUAACUGAAUCCUGUCAUACCAUCUCAGUCCUUGUUAUACAAAGGACCUGCACUAAUAACAAGGUCAGAGAACCAGAUAUGAACAAUUCAUUUAGGAAUAUUCUAUUGCAGUUGCAACAUGAUAUUCUUACAUGGGUAGCUUUAUGUUUUACAGAGGAUUACUCCAUGUUAAUACACAACACUAUAUACAGUGUAGUGUCACUAUAAUGCGUAAUAUUGCAUUAUAGUUAUACAUGCUUAUUCAGAAUCAAAUCUGUAAUAUAGGUCAUAAACUCUAAUGCAACUCUGGAAUACAGUCAGUACUGAAUUGUUUUUUGACACGAUUAUGUGUCAAAACUAUUAUUACCAUUUAAAAGUAAAUGCAUUGAGUCAUUGAUUAUUACCAGAGAGGCCUGACAUUCUCAAAUGUACUUAAAACAGUGACCGGUGAUCUAUGAGAAGUGUGUUUUGAAAGCAACAAAAGGGUAAUAAAAAGUAGUCUUUAUCUUCUGUAUGUAUGAACAACAGGGGAACUGCACUCUUCAUUCCUCUGUCUGUGGUAAUUGAUUAUUUUUUAGCUGGUCUAAAAACAGCAGCUACCUUUUACCAAGAAAUACUGUAUUGUAUAUGUGUAUAUACAAAAACGUAUUUAUAAGGGAAGCACCGAUAUCGGGCCGAUACUCAGUGACAAUGGGGCCGAUCUUUUCAAUGAAAUACUAUGUUUAUUUAUUAUUUACAUUGUAUAUUGGAAUUUUAAUUCCUGUCAAAGUUUUGACUUAUUUGUUGCUGCAUUAAAAAGGU